AUGCUGGGCAAUCCGUCGCGGGGACAACCCAACAUCCACGACAUUGCGUCCAAUGGCGACGUGGCGCAAAUGGAGGCUCUGCUUGCAUCGAAUCCCGAUUUGAUGUCUGAGGCGGAGGGGGGCACGCUGAAGACGCCCCUCCACUUGGCGUGCGAACGGGGCGACCUCGAACUCGUGGCACUCCUGCUCGCCCGUGGAGCCGAUACUGCAGCUCGUGAUCGGCACCAGCUGACGCCUCUCUUCGCUGCUGUCAAGCGCAACGCCGCCAAGGUUGUACGACUCCUCCUGCGCUCUGGAGGCUCACAGGCCGACCCACCACCGCCGCCACAAGGGGGCAACGGUGGUGGUGGUGGGGAACCGACGCCGCAAGGAAGACUCUCUGGAUGGUCGACUCGGCCGAGCCACAGCACAAGCACGACAACGGCCGUAGCUACGCCGUCAGCCUCUACUCCUUCUUCGUCGCCAGCGAGCGAUCCCAACGUUGUGGCGAAAAAAGGGGAGACGCCACUUCUGUGGGCAGCACGCUUCGGCAAGGCGUCGGUGGUGCGAGCGUUACUCAAGGCUGGCGCCGACGUGCACUACUGUCCAGGCCGCCAGGCCGGCGGUGUGCAGCUGCGGACGGCCCUGCAUUGUGCGGCGGCAAGCGGACGAGAAGACCUUGUGCGUCUGCUGCUGGCCCACGGCGCGUCUCUCAACGUGGUCGACGGCGAGGGCAAGACACCAAUCUUCUCUGCCGUCAAGUACGACCAGGGUCCCCUCUUCUCAGCAAUUAAGUACCAGAAGACCGAGGCCGUAGAGUGCCUCCUCAAGGCCGGCACUCGCACUGUUGAUGUGAACCUCCAAGACAAGGCCGGUAUGACGGCUUUACAUCAUGCUAGCAAAGAGUCCUAUCGAGAAGGCACAGAACAACUGUUGUGCUGUGAGCGAAUCGACGUCAACGUAGCCGACAGCCGGGGCAAAACGCCGCAAGACUAUGUUGUCGAUGACACCAUACGAGAUCUCUUCGUCGAGCGCAUUACCACAGGUACGCAGCUUUUGGCUUACCCCAAUGUGUGA